AUGAAAAAACAUGCAUAGUAACACCAUACUGUUUCAUAUAUGUUACAAUAUAACAACAACAACAACAACCAAAAAAAAGAAUCUUUUUUCUUUCUGUUAUUUUUUUUCUUCAGUAAUUUUACAACUUACAAUGUUACAUUUUAAUGUGCAUGAAUUACCUUCUUUUUUUUUGUAUGGAAAAACAAACAACCAAAAAAAAAAAAAUCAGUCAUUCAUAUAACUGGUAACAAAAACAUUUUAAUCAAACUGUAUAAAUCAUAAUUCAAAUAAGAGACAAUAAGAGAUUAGUUACUAUACCUUAUUGAAUUAUUGACUAAAGAUGAUACUAUCACAAAUACAAAAGUAUUGGAAUACAAUAUUUAUUCUAUUCAAUAUACUACUUAUUAUAUUUGAUUUAGCCUUAUUAAUAUUACCUUUUAGAGUAUUGAAUAUCCUAUCGAAUUAUAAUAUAAUUUUAGAUUUUUUUAAACCAAUUAUAUAUCCAGUGAUUAUUUGUAGUGGAUUUCUUGGUUUAUUAAGUAUAUUCAUUGGAUUUAUUGGGAUAUGGAAAAAGAAAAAUAUCUUGAUUUGCAUGCAUAUUAUUGGAUUGAUUAUUGCAACAAUUAUUGAAAUUUCUAUAUCGAUUAGUUCAAGUGUAUCAAAUAAUCAAUAUUUUAAACCAGCAAAUCAAUCUUUAUGGAAUUCUUUACAAUAUUAUCAGAAACAUCCAAUUUAUGAAAAUCAAUUUGAGAAUUUACAAAAAGAUUUUGAAUGUUGUGGUGUUAUGUCAUCAAAAGAUUAUAUUAAACUUGUAGAUUAUUUACCAGUUUCUUGUGAAAAAGGAAAUGCAAUUCAUCUAAAAGGUUGUGCUGAAGCAUUAUAUGAAUAUAUAGAACAAUCUAUUAUGAUAAUAAUAUAUAUAUGUAUUGCAUUCGUUAUUAUUAAAGCAAUCUAUUUGGCUAUUUCAAUUCUUGUUUAUCGUAAAUCUAAUAAGAAUAAUUUAUCUAUAUAGAAUAAUAAAUAACAAUAUUGAUGAAUGUAAUGGAAUCAGAUAGAUAUGUAUUUCAUAUUAUUGAUUUUUUUUUUAAAAAAAAAAGGGGGGGAAUAUAAUAAAACUGACCAAGAUACUAUUACAUUUCAUUUCAUUCUUUUUUUCUUAAAUGUUAACUUACAUCAUCAUUCCUAUAUGUUAAUUGACAGAAGAUUCACUUUUUUGUUGCAAAAUCAUUUAUACUACUCAAAACAGUAAUAUAAAUUAUAAAUAUAUGACUUCUUAAUUGA